AUUCCUGCUGUAGAAGAAGAAAGUUGUAGUUAAGGCUAAAAAUUCCUGAAAAUGGCAGAAAAGAAGUCUUUCAAUCGUCUAGCACUUGACCUUGUUCCACAAAAUUAUUAUCUUGAACUUCAACCAGAUCUAGAAGCCUUUACCUUCAAAGGGAAAGAAGUUAUAACUGUUAACGUAAAAAAGGAGACUUCUGAGGUAACUUUGAAUUGUGUUGAUAUUAAAAUUUCCAGUGUUGUGUCCAUAGCAGGUGGAAAUGAUAUUGCAAUAAGUGAAAUUUCUUACUGCAAGGAAGAGGAGACGGUCACUUUGAAGUUUGUAAGCCCAUUGCCACUUGGGUCUGCAGAAAUCCAUCUGGAGUAUGUGGGAGAAUUAAAUGACAAGAUGAAAGGCUUCUAUAGGAGCAAGUAUGAAGUCGAUGGGAAAGAUAGAUACUGUGCUGUCACCCAAUUUGAGGCAACUGAUGCACGUCGGGCAUUCAUAUGUUGGGAUGAGCCUGCAGUUAAGGCAACUUUUGAUAUCAAGCUUGUGGUACCAAAGAGUAAAGUAGCUUUGUCCAACAUGAAUAUCACUGAGGAAAAUCCACAUUCCACUGAUGGUACUUUAAAGGAGGUGACAUUUGCUCGGACACCAAUAAUGUCCACAUACCUACUGGCUUUUAUAGUCGGUGACUUUGACUAUGUAGAGGACACUUCAUCAGAUGGUGUGCUUGUACGAGUUUAUACGCCUAUAAACAAGAAAGAACAAGGAGACUUUGCUUUACAUGUUGCAGUUAAAACACUUCCUUUCUACAAGGACUAUUUUGGAAUUGCUUAUCCACUUCCCAAAAUGGACUUGAUUGCCAUACCAGACUUUGCCGCGGGUGCCAUGGAAAACUGGGGGCUUGUUACCUACCGGGAAACUGCUUUACUAGUUGACCCAAAAAAUUCUUCCUCGUCUGCCAAGCAGUGGGUUGCCCUAGUCGUUGGACAUGAAAUUGCUCAUCAGUGGUUUGGGAAUCUUGUAACUAUGGAAUGGUGGACACAUCUUUGGCUGAAUGAAGGCUUUGCUUCAUGGAUUGAGUACCUGUGUGUGGACCACUGCUUUCCUGAGUACGACAUCUGGACUCAGUUUGUCACAUCUGAUUAUACAAGGGCUUUAAAUUUAGAUGCUCUUAAGAAUAGCCACCCCAUUGAAGUACCUGUAAAAAACCCUGAUGAAAUUGAUGAAAUCUUUGACUUGAUCUCGUACAGCAAAGGGGCAUCAGUCAUCAGAAUGCUGCAUGACUACAUAGGAGAUAAGGACUUCAAGACAGGGAUGAACCAGUAUCUGAACAAGUUCAAAUACUUGAAUGCAGCUACAGAAGACCUUUGGGAGAGUCUAGAAAAGUCUUCUUCCAAACCAAUUGGACGCAUCAUGACUGCUUGGACAAAACAAAUGGGCUUUCCUCUUCUCAAGGUCUCGUCAGAGCAGAAGGAUUCAUCUCGCGUCCUAACAAUUUCUCAGACCAAAUUCAUUGCAGAUCAAUCUAAAGAUGAAGAAGGAAGUCUAUGGGAAGUGCCUGUUUCUAUAGUAACCAGUGACAACCCAUCUGAAGUGUGUCAUAAGUUUGUUUUAAGUAAGGCUUCUGAUACUGUCACUCUUGAGAAUCUACCAGCCGAGAAAUGGGUGAAGUUAAAUCCAGGAGCUGUUGGGUUUUAUCGUACUCAUUACUCCACUGAGAUGUUGGAUGCUCUGUUACCCAGCAUCAAGGACGGUUCUUUACCUCCACGAGACAGACUCAAUCUAGAAAGUGAUCUCUUUGCAUUGGCCAAAGCUGGAGCAGCAAGUACUGUGGAAGCUUUACGAGUGAUGGAGGCCUUUGAAUCAGAGAUGAACUAUACCGUAUGGUGUGACAUUGCAUCCAAUCUAGGUUCUCUGGCAACGCUUAUAGCCUUCACUGACUACAGCACCAGACUACAAACUUUUGUCAAUAAGCUGUUUUUACAAAGUUACGAAAGACUGGGCUGGGAAAAGAAAAAGGAAGAGGGACAUUUGGAUGCUUUGUUAAGAAGCUUAGUUAUUCGUAUCAUGGGUCGUAACGGUCAUCAACCCGCAGUGGAAGAAGCCAGGAAGCGUUUCAAGGAACAUAUAGCUGAUGUCAGUGUACUCCCAGCUGACCUAAGAGCCCCAGUUUAUAACACGGUACUUGUUCAUGGAGGUGCAGAAGACUUUGAGGCAAUGUUGGAUUUGUUCAAUAAGCAGGAACUUCAUGAAGAACGUGAGCGCAUAAUGCGUUCCCUAGGGGCAGUCAAGGACCCACAGUUGAUCAAGAAAGUCUUGGAAUUUGCAAUGUCGGAUAAAGUACGCUCACAAGAUACUGUGUUUGUGAUUGUCGGAGUUACUGGUUCCAAAACUGGACGAGAACUUGCAUGGGAAUUUCUGAAGGAGAAUUGGUCUGAAAUGAUAACUCGCUAUGCUGGAGGAUUUCUUCUAUCUCGACUUGUGAAAUGUACAACAGAAGGAUUCGUCACAGAGGAAAAGGCACAAGAAAUUGAAGCAUUCUUCCGUGAGCAUUCUGCACCAGCGGCUGAGAGGACCAUCAAGCAGUCGCUGGAGAACAUCCGUCUUCAUGCUUCCUGGUUGAAGCGAGAUGGCGCUGCCAUUGAAGCAUGGCUCAAAAGCAAAACUGAAUAAGCUAUAACAAAUGUUAUGGCCACCCAUUUCAUGUAGGCAGAUGUACUAUGUUUGCAGCCUUACACUAAGAUGUGAUAUUGUAGAUCAUCUCAAGACUUAUUAGUAGACAACAUUUUUUUUAAUAAAUCCUAUUGAAAAUUAAUACUCAGAUAAACCCACCAAUGUUAUAAGCCUAUCAUAUGUAUAGAAUGGAGUAGUUUUCACAGGUUAUGCACUGCAGAAUCCAAAAUUGUGGAUGAAAAGUUAUGAACAUUGGGAAAACCAUGUUGUGAAUUAUUAAAAACACGCCUUAAUUCGCCGUAUUUUACUGACAGUUAAUAUGAAAAUGAAAUUUUGUUUUUUUUAGACACUAAUUUUGAACUCGUAUUUCUCUAUAAAGUAAACUUACUUGUAUUCUCAUAUAUUUUCCUUAACUUGUCUUCUCAUAUGAUUUAUAAAACUUAAAAUAGAUGCAUCAGUUAUUUACAAUUACGAUGUGAACAGCAAUCAGUGAAUCAGUAAUCAGUUUAUGUAGUAUUUUGGUUGUCCUCAUUAAUGAUAAAUAUUUAAAAAAAUUAUCCACCAAGUGGUAGGGCCUUAAAGGCUUUUUGUUUGUGAAUAAUCAAUAAGAUAUUGCUGACAACUUUGAACUUUUUUCAAAAACACUUUUGGUUCAGUGGCACACAUAUCUGAUGGAUGAUGCAUCCAAAUUACAAAUAUUUUAAAGAAUUACAUGGUAUAACUAAAACAACCUAGAGUACAAUAUACAGUAUGCAGCCAUUUCUUAGUUUAUCUUCAAAGAAAAUAAUUGAAUAGGCCUAUGUGAAUUAUGACUAUUAAUUGUAAUGAGUCUGCAGUACAGGUACUGUUGCAACUAUGUUGUUAAUUUGUCAUAUACUGAGACAAUACAGUAGUGUAAGACUCUAAAACAUAAUGGAUGCAUGAACAAUCUGUUUAUAUGUUUAUAUAGUGAUGUAAUUUUUAUUUUCUAUAUUUGUUUUUGAAUUUAAUUCACACAUAUUAAGUAGUACUGUAUAUGACAUGUAGCUCCUCAGGAGUAUUGGCUACAAACCUCUUUGUUGAACAUAAACACACUGUUGACAGCUUCAGCUGCAAACUAUAAUGUCUUAACCAUAUUAGCCGAGCACUGACUGCACCCAGUUGUCGUCAGCUAAUGCUAUUCUAUAGAGAACGCCACAACAGACGCACAGUGGAUUGUUGUGCUGCCACAGACAAUCAGCCGAUGGUAUCGCGUCGUAUAGCGCUCACAGGGAUUGAAGUUGGAAUCGGCACCUCAUGACCGUCAUACAAGGCACUGAGUGUCUGGCUGUAGUGCCCAGCUUUAGACUUCAUGCCUUUUAAUGGGGUUGAUAAAGUCAUUUUCUUACAUUAUUCCAAUAUGCAGUUAAUUGUUUUUCUGCAGCUGAAACCUCUCCCGACCGUUUUUCUGUUUUGUAAUGCUGUCGUCCUAAACAAAUAAACAAAGUAAAAAAG